AUGCAUGGACGCUACGUGCCACAGGAAGUGCUUGGCACAGGAACCUACGGACGGGUGUUGCGCUGCAGCGAUACACACACUGGAAAACAUGUCGCGGUAAAGGUCGCGCAGAGUGACGCUGCCUACCGUCGCUCUGCGUUGAAUGAGAUACGUGUUCUACAGCUGCUUUCUCACAGUGAAGACACACUUAAAAUGUUUGACUAUUUUGAGGAUGGGGGUCAUCUUUGCAUCGUUUGUGAACUGCUUCACACAGAUUUGUAUGAGCUGCUACGCAAGAAUGGAUUUCGGCCACUUUUAUUGGAUACUGUGCGUACUAUAGGUGAGCGUGUCCUCCGGGCCCUUGCGGAGCUGCAUAAAGUGGGUUACAUGCAUUGUGAUAUCAAACCAGCAAAUGUCAUGCUUGGCUUCAAUAAUGCGGAUGGUAGCAAUAGGAGUGACUUCCCGAAAACGUGUCUUAUUGAUUUUGGGGCGGUGCGUCAGUUUCACGAGAACACUUACUAUGAUGUUCAAUCACUUUGGUACCGCGCACCAGAGGUGAUCUUGGGGUUGCCCUACACGUUUCAUAUCGACUCUUGGAGUGUCGGUUGUCUUCUCUUUGAACUGUACACAGGGAAACCACUUUUUUCUGGUGAGAAUCCGCGGGAACAGAUGAUUAACAUUAUGUGCACCCUUGGAAUGCCCUCAAUGGAAGCCCUCUCAGCUGGCACUAAUGUGGAAAAGCUGCAACUGCCAUGUGUAGGAAUGGAUGUGCAUGCGGAGACCAGCCUUAGACAUCUCAUUAUGAACUAUCGCCGCAACAUCAGUGGUUUUCAGCAACUGCAACAGUCAGCUGGAGAGGAAGCGGUUUUUGUAAAUCUGCUAUGUUCUCUCCUACAACCAGAUGUAAGAUGGCGGACGUCAUGCGUAGAUGCGCUACACCAUGCCUUUUUCAAUCCCUGUUCCCUCAAUAGAGGUGGUGUUGCAGGCAUCAACUUUUCGUUUUUCGGUUGUUGUAAUAAAGGUUUGCAAUCAUCAGGUGAUUCGAACUUUGGAGGGGGUUUAUCGUCCACGGGAAGCGAUGUAUAUGGCUUUAGCUACCAUGAUCAUCACAUAUCUCAGCCGACACAGACACAGCCGCACUCGGAUUCUACACCCAUCUUGUCCGCAAGUUGUAACUCCAUUUCUUUCGUGGGUUUGGUUGGAAACCCGCCCGGGAUGGUGUUGCCCGCGUCACUGCCACCGCCAUCACCUCAGAGGAGCCUCUCCUCUUCCCACGUGGUUCUUCAAAAUGUGAUGUAUCAUCCCCCACCAGUAACAUUCAUGCAGACUGUUUCUUUCCACUCCCAGCAACUGCAACAGGUUAUGCAGCGACAGAAACAGAAUAGUGGAAACAUUUUGCCCAUGGUAGGUUCGCCCCCGGGGCAUCCCCAAUUGCUUUCAGCACCUGUACGACCCAACUACAAAUGUCAGAAGUGGGAUGCAAUGACAGCUCAGUUACAGCAACAAAUUCCACCAGCAGCAAUGCCCAUGUUGCAAUGCAACAAUUUUUUUUAG